CCCCUCCGUACCCAGGGUUCAUCUCCAGCCAGUGCUCCGACGUCCUUCGUCCAGUCUUUAAGCUAUCAGCCCGUCCCCGCCCCUGUCAGGAUGUUACCCCCUCUCUCCUCUCACACUAAAUCCCCCACUGUCCACCGCGUGCGAUCCACCUUCCACUGGCUUCGUAUCACCUCACGUAUAGCUGAGUUGGGAGAACCUCCUGAAUCUCUGGCUGGAGACCUGAGACCAAGGCCACCAUUACGAACUCAAAGGCCCUCCACGCCCUUGCUCAAACUUCCAGAAACCGGUAGGCUACUGGCCCGCCCUGGACGGAUCACCACACAGGACAUGUUGUACUGCAUAGCAUCCUUCGGUAACCUGCGUCAGGGAGGUAGUGGUGCUGUAAAAUGCGCUAGGGACACAGCUUCUGGAGACAGCUCGGGACCGUCUAAGGCUACAAGAGGAGCAAGCGCCAGUUCCUACGCAAGAGGCCCCGCCGGCAUCACAGAAGAAACUGAGAAACAGCAGACGAAUCCGAACAGGAGCGAGUAUCUGAGCAUUAUCAUGGCCCACGCCAAAGACUUUAAGGAGUACCACCGCUCCAUCACAGCUAAGAUCCAGAAAGCCACCAAGGCCGUGGCCACGUACCACGCCAACACAGAGCGUGAGCAGAAGAAGGAGAACGAGCGUAUCGAGAAGGAGAGGAUGAGGAGGCUGAUGGCUGAGGAUGAGGAGGCUACCGUAAGCUGAUUGACCAGAAGAAAGGACAAGCGUCUGGCCUACCUGCUGCAGCAGACGGAUGAGUACGUGCCAACCUCACUGGUGUCCGGCUCACAAGCUGGUACAGCCCUCAAAGAGAAGAAGAAGAAGAGGAAGAAGAAGAAGCUGGAGAACGCUGAUCAGACUCCUGUACUGGGACCUGAUGGGAAACCUCUAGAUGAGACGUCCCAGAUGAGUGACCUACCAGUGAAGGUGAUCCACGUGGACAGUGGUAACAUCCUGACAGGGGCGGACGCUCCUAAAGCUGGACAGRUGGACACAUGGCUGGAGAUGAACCCUGGGUACGAGGUGGCGCCUCGCUCUGACAGUGAAGACAGUGGAUCGGAAGAGGAGGAGGAGGAAGAGGAGGAGCCCCAGCCYGCAGUGCCUCCAGUAGUGGUCCUCCCAGGGUUAGUGGGGUUAGAGGAGAAGAAGAAGAAGAUCCCAGACCCCGACAGUGAAGAAGUAUCAGAGGUGGACGUACGACACAUCAUAGAGCACGCUAAACAGGAUGUGGAUGAUGAGUAUAACAGUGCAGAGGCAGCGUUCGCUCGGGGACUCCAGUCUUACUACGCUGUGGCCCAUGCUGUCACUGAGAGAGUGGAGAAACAGUCCACUAUACUCAUCAACGGACAACUGAAACAGUACCAGAUUAAAGGUCUGGAGUGGCUGGUGUCUCUCUACAACAACAAUCUGAAUGGUAUCCUGGCUGAUGAGAUGGGACUAGGAAAGACCAUCCAGACCAUCGCUCUCAUCACGUACCUGAUGGAGAACAAACGAGUCAACGGACCUUUCCUCAUCAUAGUACCGCUCUCAACUCUCUCUAACUGGGUGUAUGAGUUUGACAAGUGGGCUCCGUCUGUAGUGAAAGUCUCCUACAAGGGCUCCCCUCAGGCCAGAAGGGCCUUCAUCCCCCAGCUACGCAGCGGCAAGUUCAACGUUCUCCUCACUACCUAUGAGUACAUCAUCAAGGAUAAACAGGUCCUAGCCAAGAUCCGGUGGAAGUACAUGAUUGUGGACGAGGGCCACCGGAUGAAGAACCACCACUGUAAGCUGACCCAGGUCCUCAACACCCACUACCUGGCCCCCAGGAGAGUGCUCCUAACUGGGACACCGCUCCAGAACAAGCUGCCUGAGCUCUGGGCCCUGCUCAACUUUCUCCUGCCCACCAUCUUUAAGAGCUGCAGUACCUUCGAACAGUGGUUCAAUGCACCAUUCGCUAUGACUGGAGAGAAG